AACCCAGGGAGGAUAUGUUCAAUGGUUACCCAUCUCUGGAUUCAAUCUCUCACUUAACGAAAACAACAAAUGCAGGAUGGCACCCGCGAACAGGGCAUGGAUCAGGAGCAAGAUGGCCGCCAUCAAAAAGACGUCUGGUGUCGCCUUUUCAGAAGAGAUCUUCCUCUCCAUCCUCAUCUGUCUCAUCGCUAAGAACAAGCACCUCGUUCUCCAUACCGUCCCGGAGGCUGUUCCUGAGCUCAAAAGCAUUGUCGAGCAGCAUUCUGCUAUCGUAUUCGGACUUACCACGGCGACCAUUGUUUGCCAUGGACAUCAAACCAGAGCAGAUAUUAUUGCUGCCAUCACAGGAAGACACGCGGACACGACUACACAUGCCGGGCCGUCUACACUAUCCGGUCAAUACCAGCUCCCAGCUAACAAUUAUACCAGUGGCGUCCACAACAACCACCACCAUUAUCAUCAUCCUCACCACAGUAGUCAUCAUAAUCAUCAACAAAUACCCUCGCACUUCUACCAGUACUCUAACCCUGCAGACGACUACACUCAGCGGAGCGCAAAAAUACGGCUUGAGAAAUCGCGUCGAUCAACUGCAACGAACCAUUCAGAGGCAUCGGACUACAGUUUUCGGCCUUCAGAGCACAAUGCGGCACCAUCAAUUGCAUCGUUUAGGACUGCAAGCGAAAGAGAUCUUGAUGGAGGGUCAAUCCGGAGAGGGCACCUGCCACUGGAACCGAGUGAAUACUCGCGUGGAGGCGAUGACUCUAGCAUCAAUCUGCGAAGGUCAGAAUCUAGGCCAAAGAGCACGGGCGAUUCGAUGACCGACCACAUUCUUCAAGGCCGUUCACGCAAAGCCAUGGCGACAGAUCCAACCUCGAUCGACAAUCUCAGCAACAGAAGGACGCACUCGCAAUAUGCGCAAGCACUAUCCCAUCUUGGAGGAACGACUCCCUCGGCCACCUCUGGACCUGCUCCUGUAACGCCCGUCGACUUUACGUUCCCGCGGCGGAGACAUGAGAGUACAUCAAACACGGGGGGAUAUGGCGGCACUGGCGGCGAGAUAUCGGGAAUCACAUUUAGUGGGCGGAGGAUUGCUCAGGCGAUUAUUCUGGAUGGACUCGAGAACGCCAGCCAGGAAGUUUACGCUGUCCUAUUGGAGAUGAUUAUCAACAAGGAGAUCAACGACAAAAAUCGAUAUGUGCUUCCUGAUCUUAUCAUCACUGCAAUUUUCAGGUCACCUACCGUGCCUGACAAUGUGCCCAAGCAACUGUUGGAUUACUUUGCAAUCAACGGGACCUAUCAACCCUCGAUACCCCAGCAACGAAUACAGCCUACCCCUGCAAGGAAACAUGCGCUCUUUCGAAGGACAGAGUGGGACGAACUCUCCAAGAGAAUGAAGGCGGUGACGAUAUCGAAUGACAUGAUGCGGUAUAUCCGGGAUGUGAUCGUUGGCGUCAGAACACACGAAGCUGUCCAGGGAGGCUUGACAGCACGGGCAGCACUGGAUUUGGAAGCCAUUAUAAGAUCACUGGCUGCGAUCUUUCAAGUGACCUUCGUGACCCCGGAUCUGGUGACGAUUGCUGCAGAAAAGGUCUUUGCCCAUCGCCUGGAACUCAAGUCAACAAGGCGGCGCAAGAUACUCGCAGCCACUACCUGUGCUUCCUCGUUAACAGUGUCCUCAACGUCCUCGUCUCCGCUGCCUCCCGCGCGCACCCAAAGCAAUGGCAAGACACCCAUGAGAGGUUAUCAGGGAUUUCAGCGACAACAGCAGCAGGGCCAAAUUAAAGUAGAGCUGUGUUCUCAGGGAACGCAGGGACAUGCGCAGGGCAGGAGGGACAGCACCAAUUCAGAUCAAAGCAGCGAAGGUGGUGCCUCUUUUGUCGAACUCUCGGAUUCGGAGGAUAAUUCUUCCAGUGCAGGCAGUUUUGUCGUCAACGAUGUAGAUGAGGACUUUGAGUUGAACCAUGGGGAUCCAGACAUAGUGGACGAGUUUGCGGACGAAAAGACCGCUGCAGACGUUGUGCGGGAUGUUCUCCGGGUAGUUUAUCCUCCUAUCUAGUAGGAUCCAUAAUAAAGCGAUUCUUUCAUGCGA